AUGAUGUCGAUGCACCCUUCUAUCAGCCCAGUUGUCCACGUGGGAACCCAACGCAAAGAACGACAGAACGCUAUCGAGCAUUCAUUGGAGGAGAUCUCGGAUCCAUUCUCAGUUAACGACGAGGAACAUAUCGGCUGGAUGUUGAGCGUCUCGCCCGAGAACAUAACACUGCCUGUCGAUAUGGACCUGACUGCGGAUUUGACUCCGUCAAUGGAGCAGAGCAACGAGCUCGAUGUAGUAUCUACAGUUCCUCAGGAAUACAAAUCGCCAACAUACGAUUACAACUUCGAAUACCUCAUCGACCAGACCCGCGAGUCCCAGGCGCCCGGGCAUCCCAAAUCCCAACCAACUGAUCCCGCUGUACCUAAGUCAGAUUUUGGCUCCCUUUCGGAUACCGGGCUGAGGUCUCUGCCCCUGAAGAAAGCUGACGACUGUUUGACGGAGGCCAUUCAUAUCCUCACAGAUCUACACGUUCCAGCGAGGGGUUGCAUAACAUCCACACACGACGCUACAUAUUCGAUGCAGUUGCAGGACUCUCUCGACGAUACACCUCGGGAAGUCGGCAUGGUCCUGUCUCAGAACGGCAAGGCACUCCGAAGACUUGGAAACCUGCUCGACUGCCGUUGUUCCCUGAGGCAAGAUGUCGCGGUGCUGAUCUGCAUCGGUCUGCACAAGGCUAUCGGCUGGUAUGCUGAAAUACUGGGAGAUGACAGCGGUCCACAAGAUCACCCAGCCCGACAAUCGCUUCUCUUCGGACGCAUCGCAAAAGCCCCCUCGUUCAUGGGCAGCUACCGGUUGGAUAGCAAGGCGCAGAAGCUCUUAAGUGCACACCUGGUCUUGACACAGCUAGAAGAACACAUUGAGCCAUUUAUGAGGAAGCUGAGCAACUUACAAUCGGCAUCAUCUUCUGUCUCUUCUCCGAGGUCAACGCCAACGUCGAGCACCGACAUCGAGUCAAAUUUGAUAGAGCAGCACCGCCAGACAUUGCAGGAGGAGAUUGAUCGUGUCAUUGUUCGAGCUAAUAGCAUCAAGCAGAAGUGA